AUGUCGCUCGUGCGGGAGUUCCUAGGCGCGAUCCGCGAGCAGGUGCGGCAGCAGCAGGGCGACGCGCUGCGGUCCUGGCUGCAGGUCGACUCGAGCGCGGGCGCGCAGUACCACAACCUGGGCGCCCAGCUGCGCGCGCACUUUGCCACGCCGGCGAGCGUCGACAAGGUCGUCGAGGCGUGUCUCCCGCAGGACGACGUCGACGAUGUCCCCGAGGGCCAGGCGACGGCGUGGCCGGGCCUGCAGUCGUUUAUCAAGGACUACCUCGUCUUCUGGCGCGACAUUGACUAUGACGAUUUGCUGGGCGCGCAUCAGCUGCUGAGCGGUCUCGUCAACUCCUGCGCAACGGCCUUUGCGCACCCUUCCUACGGCGCCAUGCUGCUCCAAACCAGCAUGUCCCUCUCCGAGACUCUCGCCCGUCUCACCAUGAUGCUCAGCCGUCGACCAGACCUCAUCCGGCAGCUCCGCGCCCGCGGCGGCAGCGGCUUUGACGAGGACAAGUCCGUCGCGGAAUCCUCUGCCGAAAUUAUUCAAAAAAUCUUCACCACCUGCUUGACCGACCGCUCCUCCGGCGGCCGGCACAGCAAGCCCGAGGGCAAGAGGACCGGCGUCUACAUGUUUGCCAACCUUGUCCUCAAGCUGCUCUUUGCCUGCCGCCGGACGCACCUCGCCAAGAUGAUCUUUGUCAACAUUGCCAGCAUCUCGCCGCCGCUGUCCCUCUACCCGGCCGCGCAGCGCGUCACCUUUCUCUACUACCUCGGCCGCUUCAACCUCGCCAACCACCACUACCGCCGCGCGGCGCUGUGCCUCGAGGCCGCGUACCUGCAGACGCCCGCGAGCUUCCGCGCCCACCGCACCACCAUCCUCGCCUACCUGGUCCCGAGCAACAUGCUGCUCGGGCGGUUCCCCUCGCGCGCGCUGCUUGCCCGCCCCGAGGCCGCCGCCGCGCUCGCGCCCGUCUUCCGCCCGCUGUGCCAGGCCGUCGCCGCCGGCAACUUUGCCGCCUUCCAGGCGCACCUCGCCGCGCACGAGGCCUGGCUGCUCGAGAGGGGCCUGCUGCUGCCGCUGGCGUCGCGCCUGCGGCCGCUGCUCUGGCGCGGGCUCAGCCGCCGCGCAUUCCUCCUGACCUACGUCCCGCCCGCGGAUGCCGCCUCGUCGCGCAAGGCCGCCACGCUCGACCUCGCGCACCUGCACACGCUGGCCGUGUACAUGCAGCGCCGGCUCGAGGGGUGGCUGCCGUCGCGGCCCGGCUCGGCGCACCACCGGCCGCCGCACGGGAACAAGCUCCUCCUGCGCGCCGUGUCCAACAGCGUCGUCGACGCGGGGCUCUCGACGCUCGCGCCGCCCCCCGGCGGCCCGCGCAGGCUGCGGCCCAACGAGGGCAUGGUCUGGGGCGGUGCCGAGGUGACGUACGAGCACGUCGAGACGGUCGUCGCCGCGCUGGUGCAGCAGGGGCUGCUGCACGGCUUCGUGGCCCACGGCCAGGCGCGCUUCGCCAUCAUGGGCGCCAAGGCCAAGGGCAGCCCGCUGCUGGCGGGGUGGCCCGACGUCUGGCAGGCCAUCCAGAGCCGGCAGUACGAGGAGCGCUUCGACUUGGACGAGGUGCCUGGCUGGGUCAAGGGAUGA